GCCAUGAGGUGGGGGUGGGGGGCUCCCCAAAGCCAUGCCUCCACACCCCUUCCACCCCCCAAGAUUCUUUUGAUCACUAUCAACAGGCGCUGGCUCUGCUGAGGGGUCCAGGUGCUACCUAAUAGUAGACCAACCAGCUUCCAAGCAAGAAGGCCAGAGCCCACCAGCUGCAGGAAGCUGUUGGCAUCAGGCUGCUCUCACCCUCCCUGAAGUUCUUUAUCUGCAGGCUGAAAGCUACUGGUAGGUGGGGACCGUGGGGGGAAUGGCUCCACCUGGUGGCUUUAUUUUUACUUGCACCUUUACCACCAUGAGGACCUGGGGGUCCUAAGGGACCUUGAUCUCUCCUGGCCUUGAGAAUCUCUCUAGUACCAGGAGCUGGUGUUACUGAGGCCCCAGAGUCCUCCAUAGCUAGCUUCCAAACAGUCCAAAGUGUCCCUGUGGAAAUACAUGUGUCACCACCAGGCUAUCCAGAAUGCCUUCCUGAUCUACAUGCUGUGAGAAACAGCUUAUGGACCCUCUGGGCCCCCCUCCACUUGUUCUCACCGCAAGGGUGGAGGACUUCAGCCCAAGAAGGGCACAGAAAGGAACUCACAUGUGCACACACACACACACACACACACACACACACAGAGAGAGAGAGAGAGAGAGAGAGAGAGAGAUCUCAGUAUUACUUGAAUUCCAACAUCCAUGUCGUCUCCUUCAUUACCAAUGGCAAACGUGGCUUUGCCCACUUGAGCCUGGCUUCAGCCCUCUUGUGCUAGGGACCCUUGAGGAACAACACGGCAGCUCCAGCUCCCACCAGCCUUUCCACCAGGAGCCACUGGGGGCACUCUGGCCAUCCUGUGGAUUCCUGCCUAGCAGAAGCCUUCAGAAGGACAGACAGGAGUGAAGUUAGUGGACAGAGAGGCUGUUGAGGGCUGCAGAUCACCCCCUCCCUCUUCAGGAGACUCCCCAAGCCUCCACUUCCACCAAACUACAGACUGGAGUCUGAAACCGAGCUAGGGACUAGCUGUAUGAUUAAUAGGGCCUGGGGAUGAAUUAAAAUGUGGUACCUGUGCUAAAAAUUGAGGGAUUUCAAGAGAUGAGGAGGGCAGUCACAGUGACCCUCUCAGGACCCCACCAGGCCACUCUCCAUUGUCAUUAUGGCUUCUUGUUAACCUCUGCAUCUCUGUUCCAGGGCCAUGCCAACUUCAGGGCUCUAGCCUCAGGCCAUCCCUGGAAAGCUCAUGGGUCCACGUGUACAGGACCGCUAAAGGGAGACCUGGAAGGCUACUUACAAUCAGUGAGGGGUGGAUGCUUCUGGGCUCUCCGGGCUGUGGCUGUCUCUCUCCAUCCUGUCAGGCAGUGAGGCCCUGAUGUUACAGAAGGGGGAUGUCCCUUGGAAUCAUGUUGGGGACUCCAGGCGGAGGGUAUAGGAGAGAAAGUCACUCCUGGAGGGGAAGGCUAGACUAGUAACUUGUAUGCAGUCUGGGCUUAGAUUUGGCAGGAGUACUGGCAGGCUCUUGUAGCAUAGUGGGGUAGACUCAAGCUUUAGAAACUAAGUCCUGUCUAGUAGUUACUAUCUAGAGAAGCUGGAGUGCGGGGAGCAGAGGGGGGAAUCUGAGUUCAGGGAGUCAUAGUGGCUCCUAGCCCCCAGCUGGGGACCCCACUCUUCCUGCUCAUGGUGGAAGAAGCCAGCCUACCAGGUGUGUACCCUCCUCAGGCCCUGGGCAGGUGGGGUACAGAGGCCAAGGCAGCUCCAUGGCCUCCUCCUUCCCACUCCCAUGCCAAGGGUAGCCAAGCAGGCAGGAAGGCAAGUUUAGGCCGGUAUUGAUUCAGCGUGGAGGAAUGUUUAAGCUCUCCCAGCUAUGCCCUGCCCCUGCCUGCCCCCGCCUCACCCUCAUCCCCAGGCACUGCUGGCCUGGUGCCCAUGCCAGCAAAGCUCCUUCAGCCUAGGCUUGCUGGAGCGCAUGCCCACUUGCUGGUGGCCCUAUGCCCUGUACCCCAGUUCCCUCCCACAUGACCUCAUGGCCCAAGCUGCUCUUGAUCCUGAGGCUACAGUGAUCUGGACUACCUGGAAGAAUGUGAUAGGUCUUUGGAAUGCAUGGGGGCUAUGAUGGGUCCUCCUCAGGAAAUGAGACACCCCUGAUAAUGGGAAAAGGCCUCUGAGUCCAAGGAAAAAGGGCAAAGCUCCUCCAGCCAUGUGUUAGAAGGUUCUACUGAGCAAGGGCCAGCGAAAGUAGGUACCAGGCUGCCCAGGCCUGGACUACUUGGCUGGGGUAGGGGCCUGAGGAAGGUGGAAAGAGGCUGGGCUUGUGACCGCUAAGUCAGUGCUUUGGACAAGGCCCAGAGCCUCUCUCUGCCUAGUUUCCUGACUAGCACCCUUGCCCCUGGCCACCUAUGCUGCCUUCUAAUCUAAGGUGGACCCAGUACUUGCUGCUGCCAGCUAAAGAGGCAGUACACAGAGGUUAGAGGGCCCCCUCAAGUGACCUGGAUUCCACAGUUAUCUCCUCCUAGCCAAUAGGGGCAGGAAGAUGGGGCGUGUCCCAGACCCCCGCAGCACCUCAACCCCAGUUGACAACACUGCUGAACCCAGUCUCAUUCCAGAUCUCACUACCAGGAUCCCCUGGGCCCGCUGGGCACUCUUUAUCGUCAUUCUUGCUGCUGGAGUCCUCCUGGUCUCUUGUCUGCUCUGUGUCAUCUACUGCUGUUGCCGUCGCUGCCAACGCCGUAGGAAGCAGCCCAAAGACAAAGAAGCUGUGGGUCUGGGCAGUGCUCGCGGCAGCACCACUACUCACCUGGUUCAACCGGAUGUGGACUGCCUGGAGCCCUGCUCUGGGGGACCCCAACAGUGGGGGCGAUUGCUGCUCUCACUGGAGUAUGACUUUGGAAGCCAGGAGAUUAGGGUGGGCCUGAGGCAGGCUGAAAACCUGAAGGCUGAAGGCACAGCAGACCCCUACGCCCGCAUCAGUGUUUCCACCCAGGCUGAGAGAAGACACGAGACGAAAGUGCACCGUGGGACUCUCUGUCCCACGUUUGAAGAGACAUGCUGCUUCCUGGUCCCACCGGCAGAGCUGCCCAGAGCCACCCUGAAGGUACAACUGUUGGACUUCAAGCGGUUCUCAGAACAUGAGCUACUGGGAGAGCUUCAGCUAUCACUGAGCACUGUAGACCCUCAGCAUGUCCUGGAGAGCUGGUACCUGCUGGGCCCUCCAGGUACCACUGAGCCCGAGCAGAUGGGGGAGCUGUGCUUCUCACUACGCUACGUGCCCAGCUCAGGCCGUCUGACUGUGGUUGUGCUGGAGGCUCGGGGCCUGAAUCCAGGGCUUUCAGAGCCCUAUGUGAAGGUCCAGCUCAUGUUAAAUCAGAGAAAAUGGAAGAAGAGGAAAACAUCCUCUAAGAGGGACACAACUAUGCCCUACUUCAAUGAGGCCUUUACCUUCCUGGUUCCCUUUAGCCAGCUCCAGAGUGUGGACCUGGUGCUGGCUGUCUGGGCCCAUGGCCUGCAUCACCGGGCUGAGCCUAUAGGCAAGGUUUUGCUGGGCCCCCGGGCUUCAGGCCAACCUCUACAGCACUGGGCAGAUAUGUUGGCCCAUGCCAGACGGCCCAUAGCCCAGUGGCACCACCUGCAGUCCCCCAGGGAGGUGGACCAUGCUCUGGCCCUGAAGCCUCGCCUGCCCCUACCUAGGCCUCGCUCCUAAAAGAAGAACUGUAGGCUUCAGUUUCCCCAAAUGGAGCUGUGGGCAUUUGUCCAGGCUCUUCUGAGCUUUCUGUAAUAAAUGUCUUUUCUUUCCCA